AUGAUCUUAUUAAAAAGUAUUAAAAGGGCCAAACAACGAGCUUCCAUAAAAUGGCUUCUCUCGAAAGCAUACAAUAAUAAAGUUCCGGAAAAUUUACAGGAACCAUUUUACCGUGAUCACGAGGAGCAAGAGCAUUUGAAACCUCAAAUAGUUCACAAUUUGGCAAAUGCCGAAUUAUACUGUCUCGCUUUUGCAAACAUAUACUCCGAUCCAAAUUAUCACAAUUUAAAUCAUUGUGGAAUUCUUCAAACGCUCUCUAGAAAAGGAAUCACCAUACCAGAUCCCGUAGAUGGGCCUUUAACCGAGACUGUUCUUAUACAAACCACUCCUUUAAAAAUGGGUGCUCACAUGGCUGUCAUCGAAGCAACAAUGGUUCUUUAUGCCAAAGAAGUAGUCACACCUGAUAGAGUAGUUGCAGCUAUUCACAGAUUCACUCACGGUCAAGUAAUGCCCGACUUGCCGCCAGAUAGUGAAUCUGGAUUGUUGCUAUGGGUUAACCAUUCUCAAAAAGCUUUAAUGCAAAGGAUUCAACUGGAAUACGAGAGGGAGGGCCAAGACAAUGAUAAAACGAUGAUGCCUCAGUUUCCGGAAGUGAAAGAUGUGAAAGGCCUUUGCGACGGAGCAGGUUUAGCCGCAUUAAUAUCAUUUUACUGCCCCGAAGAACUUCCAUGGACUGAUAUAAAAAUCCCUCGUUUGCCAACCGUUUCCGAUUCCGUUCACAAUUUGUGUUUGGUUCACGAGUUUUCUCAUCACAGUUUACCUCAUACAGUGUGCCACAUGAUGCCGGAAGAUGUUACUUACUUACAGGGAAACAUGAAGCAAAAUUUAAUCGUUUUACUUGCGGAUUUAUUCAACGUAUUGGAAAUACAUCCGGUGAAAUGCGUACGAUUUCCUGGCUCCGAAAGAAAUAGAGAUUUGUCAAGACCAUUGUCUACCGUAAGUUCGGGCCUUAGAAAAUCAUAUUCCGUACAAACGGAUUCAAAUUUUAGGGGCACACCUGAUUCUUUAGAUAGGACGUUAGAUGAUAGAAAAAGUGAAGAAUCUUUUGUUGUUCAUCGUGGUCGUGGUGUCCCUACGCUUAGCUCCGUGACUACCGAUGAUCCCAUUGUGCCACCUCGUCUCCGAAACAAAGAUAGAAAUAAUUACGAUUAUAAAUUAGAGGAAUCUAGUAAAGCGGCUGGAAAACCAAGUAAUUGGGAAGACCAAAAAAAGAGUACGUUUGCUGGAAGGAGAUCAAGGCGUAAUUCGUUGUCCGAGGAAUCGCAAUUAACUGUUGAAAAUUUUGGUGGUUCCCAAGAAAAUUUACAUUUUUUGGGGAGGAAUCCGGAUAAAGAGCCGGCCAUACACGUCAGUGGUCGUUUAGAUAGUUCUAACGCUCCCCUUUCUCCUACUCAUACCGUGCCUAUUAGGACUUCGGCUCAGGAAGCUCGAAGUUCGGGUGUAGAGCUUAUUUUUGCAGAAAACGAAGCUGCGAAUUCUCAACCGCUACAACGAAAGGAUAUUCGUAAAAGUCAAUCCCCUGCGCCUAUUUCCCACACACCAAAUGUUCCAGUUAGGUCUAGUCAACAGGAUUGUAGAAGUAAUGCCAUUGAUAGAAUAUUUGCCGAUAACGGUUACGGAAUAGAUAAAAACGAAGAAGAAAAGUCUGUUAAAGAAGAAAAUUUAGUUUCUCUCAAAAAUUUGAUACAUUCCAAGCAGCCUGCCAACGAAGUAGUGCAUAAAGAUUACGUUGAUGGAGAUUUACAUCAAAUAACAGUUAAUUAUUCUGAAAGAAGUUCUCAAAUUGAAAUGAAUUACGCGGAAGAUGAUGGCGGCGGCGGUGGUGGUGGUGGUGGUGGGGAGCACAUAAACUCUCAUAAAUAUACGAGUGUGAGUAAAAAUGUAAACGUACAACCGAAUGGAAAUAUAAAAAAAACUACAUUUGCAACUUUACCAAAUACGACAACGUGGCAGCAACAGCAAAAGACGAUUGAUAGUAUUAAUAACAUCCACGAAGCUCCAAGUAUUCCUGAUGAUACGUCUAGCUUUCAACUUCGUAACAUUCGAUUAAAAUUGGAAGAAAAGAGAAGAGUUAUAGAAAAUGAAAAAAGAAAAAUGGAAUUAUUAAUGAAUAAACAACGUCAAAAAGUAGGAAAAGCAGCUUUUUUGCAGGCUAUAUCGAAGGAUAAAUAUAAAACAACCGAUGCAAAAAUUCAAAAUGACGGUAAUUCAACAAGUCCAUCUGUAGAUUCGAUUUCACCAAAAAAUGCACAACAAAAACCGUUGUCACUUCAGGAUAUCAAAGAUGUAAUAUCUAUUGAAAAAAAAUGGUUGGACAAUUCAACGCCUUUCUUAGAAGAAUUAAAAACUCCGGAUUAUGAAAACUUUGAUCUUGAUAAAUAUCAAUAUUCUAUAGCUAAAAUGAACUCGAGCCUUAAAGAACUAGAUGCUGAUAUGCAGAGGAUAUCCAAUCAACAAAGCAAACUACAAGGAUACGGCUCUGAAAGUAACUAUACUCAGCAGCAUAUACAUAAUUACUCGGAUCAGCCGCAGUUAAACCAAACUCGACCGAUGAAUAGUUAUCACAAUCAGAGUAACAUGCAGCAACAAAAUUAUAACAUCUAUUCUAAUUCGAGUUCGCAAAACAGGCCAAUCAGUUUGUCACAACUCACCCAACCCAAUCCUUCUCAUAAUCAGGGUCAAUUUUUCCUUCACGAUCAACCGCAACAACCGAUGCAAAGAAGAACUUGGUCUCAACACCAUGCUGAAAAAGUCGCUUUGAAUCAACAAAUGGAAAAGAACGAUAGGAACGUGCCACAGCCAUUCACUUUACACGAAACAAGACUUCAAAAUGGCGACAGUCAUCCGAUCCCUUCUCCGCGUUCUUCCAACAUGUCACCGCAAAGUUUCAAUAAACCGAACCUUCCUCCGAAACCAAUCGUACCAGCACGUCAAUUACCUCCUUCUAGUUCAUAUCCGGAGCCAUUGUCUUCUCCGUCGGCAGACGAUAUGGAACCACAGAGUAUUUGUUUUAUAGGAGAAGAUCCCAAUAGCGAUGUCAAUAAUAUAUCUUUGGGAAUGUCUCACAUUAAUAUAACAUCAGGAAGUAAAACAUAUCGUAUUCCGUCGCCUACGAGACCCUCAAUUAUAAAAAGUUCUUUUAUGCAAAAAUCCAUGCAACAAAAUUCCGAAACACCAAACACGAUAAAUGAAAACCAAUCCGUAACCAAAGGGUUUUACAUACCUUUUGACGAUGAAGCUCCACCUAAGCGUCCAAAGCCGCCACUUCGGGGUAAACGAUCACCUAAAAAGGAUAGGUUUGCUACGCAAACAAUCGAACAUCCUUUUGAUGAAAGGCCCAAAGAAAAUGUUGCACCUCUUAAUAGAUCGGAAAGUACUUCAAGAACUCCCGUCACAAAUUUUAGAGAUACUGUUUCCGGUUCUCAAAUAAAUUAUUCUCCGGAUCACGCUUCUAGUCAAUCUAUCGAUCGUCUAGACACUUCUCCCAUCAUAAAAAAAUCUGAUCCCAUGUCUCGUUUGGAAACUAAGCCUUUGAGAGAAAAAGAACCCACUUCGCCAAGUGUUGGUCUCGUUAUAGGCACAGAACCUGAUCCGAACCUAAUAGAUGAAAUGGAAAGAAAAAAAGAAAAAAUAUUAAUGUUGUCUUUGCAAAGACGGCAACAACAAGAGGAAAUGAAAGCUAGGAAAGAAAUGGAAGCAGCUCGGCGAAGGGAAAUAGAAAAAAUGAAAGAAGAAGAUAAGGCUAGGAAAAAAGAAGAAGAAAAAGCUAGGAGAGCUGCCAUAUUAGAACAAUAUAAAUUAAAAAAGGCCAUAGAAGAAGCAGAGAGAGAGGGUAAAGUUAUAGAUAAAUCAGAUUUAAUGAAAUUAAAUACUCCGAAAUUACGAAGUAAAACUUCAACGACUCCAAGACCUCGUCCUAAAACAAUCCACGUCGAAAGCAGUGGAUUGGAAGAUGACCAUAAUCGUGAAAACAACAGCGUAUUUUCGAGACCUUUGAGACGAGAUCAAUAUCGAGGAUCACAGGAUAGCCUUGCCAGCAGUGCCGGAGGAAGGCGUGGAUACAGAGAUUCACCCAGCGAUGAUGGUAGAGGAAGUUCACCUUCUAGAAUGAGUUCUACUAAUUUAGGACGACGAGGUUCAUAUAAAACUUCACGAGAUACUUCAGAACCUCCGUCCCAGGUUAGAGGAAGGUCGAAAUACUCGACUUACCAGUCGAACUUUAGAGGGAGAAAAUCAAAUUCGCUCAUGAAUCUUUGUGGUAAGAAAUCGAGAUUUGUGAACACAGUAGUUCUAGUGCUUAGUGCACCUGUUACAGGGUCGAGUAGUGACCAAGAUAGCAUGAUCUACCGAUAUGGAGACACAGAUUCUGGAUUGGGACGUGCAACGCCUCCCCGACGAGCUCCUUCGCCAGGGAUCUCCUGUGGUAGGCACCUUACCUCACCUUCAGGUCCCGGAUCUUUGCCACCGGGUUUAAUUAGCAAAAGAAGAAUAUUCGACGAUGGAUCGAGCGAUAUUAGUUCGAAUGCUAGUUCUAUGAUGGAAUACACCGGGCCUAGACUAUAUAAACAACCCGCGACCAAAUCAAACAGGGGAAUAAUGUUGAACGCCGUCGAAUAUUGCGUUUUCCCCGGAAUCGUUAACAAAGAAGCCAAAAAGAAAGUUCUAGAUGAAGUAUCACGUUCCGAGAGUAAAUAUUUUCUCAUUUUGUUUCGGGAUGCCGGAUGUCAAUUUCGAGCUUUGUAUUCGUAUUGUCCAGACACGGAAGAAGUUCUCAAAUUAUACGGUACCGGACCCAAACAAGUCAGUGAUAAAAUGUUCGAUAAAUUUUUUAAGUAUAACUCUGGAGGAAAAUGCUUUUCUCAAGUUCAUACGAAACAUUUAACAGUAACAAUUGACGCAUUUACAAUACACAAUUCGCUGUGGCAAGGAAAAAAAGUGAAUUUACCGAGUAAAAAAGAUAUGGCAUUAGUCAUUUAG